AUGACCAUAUUCCCAAAACUCCGAGGCCGCACUACUCUAGAUGUCGGCACGUCAUUUGAGAAACAUGCGCUGAGGUACUUGAACGAUCAGCUACAUAUGGAUCUUCGAAGAGUGGGAGGAGCAGGUGAUGGAGGUAUCGAUCUGAGGGGUUGGUGGUGGCUACCUAGAUCAACAUUGAAAAAGACUGCCCCUCUUGGUGAGGAUGUCAGAAGAGUACGGGUGAUAGCUCAAUGCAAAGCAGAAAAGAAAAGUCUGGGACCUAGGAACGUUAGGGAGUUGGAAGGUGUGAUGGGUAAUUUGAGGUAUCGUAGUCAUACCUUCUCCUCAUCCUCUUUAUCACUUUCAUCCUCAUCCUCAACCUCUGAUAAUCCUCUUAAUCCGGACGAAGAUCCCAAUGACAUAGCAAUCUUGAUUUCUCAAAGUGGUUUCACCAAAUCUACCAUGAUAUACAGUACUUCAUCGAAUAUACCUUUGAUGUUGAUCCAUCUACCAGGUGGACAACCAGCAUCACAAUCACAGUCUGAUCAAGAAGCAGCAGAAGGAUCUUUGGAGGAAGGGGAGAUAGAAGUGAAAAGUCUUUGGUGGAAUAAAGCUCUGUCUGAAGGCGUACUAGGUAAUGAGAUUGAGUUGAGGAGGUCCAUCGGUCCCAAAGGUGUAGGUGUGGGAUUAUGGAUGGGUGGGGAAAAGGUCGGGAGAUGCGAGCCGAAGGAAGAGAGGUCAGAGUGA